ACGAAAACAAACUUUGUAUUUAGGAAGUCGGACUGCUGAGUGCUGGGGUUAACACGAAACAGGAUUUCAAAACUCGACUCGAAGAUGGUUGAAGGUCCGGGCUGCACUUUGAACGGAGAGAAAAUCCGUUCAAGAGUCCAGAAAGGACAAAAACUGAAAGAGACCAGAGGCAGUUUGAUAACAUCCACGGUGAGUCGCGUUAUGUCUUAUUUGUUAGCGUGCUAUCAAGCUAGCGUUAACCGGUUACGUUUUGCGGCGUCUUAUGUCUCUUUACAGAAAAACAACCCCGAUGGACAUGUCUUCCGCAGUCUUUAUGGUUGUGUGUACACCGGUGUAGAAACCCUGGGGAAGGAGCUCUUCAUGUACUUUGGCCCAAGAGCGUUGAGAGUCCACUUUGGUAUGAAUGGAUCAAUGCGUAUAAACCCUGCCGAGAGGAAGGAUAGGAUGGGCUCCAUACCGGUGCUGGAAAUACACCUGACUAACGACAUUGUGUGCUUCUUUGACAGCACUGUGGAAAUAAGGUUGACAGGGGACUGUGAGCAGAAGGUGAGAGCUAUGGAGAGUCUGGAUCUGUGCUCCCCUAAGUUCAGCUUCUCCCACUCCGAGGAGGCAGUGAGGAGCCAAACUAGCAGGAUGCUCUGUGACGUUCUCCUAGAUCAGGCCGUCAUGCCGGGAGUCGGCAACAUCAUUAAAAACGAAGCCCUGUUUGACUCGGGCCUCCACCCAGCCGUGAAGGUUCAGCAGCUGACAGACGAACAGAUCCACCACUUGGUGAAAAUGACGCGUGAUUUUACCCUUCUGUUUUAUAAGUGUCGCAAAUCUGGCUCUCCUCUCUACAAACAUUACAAAGUCUACAAGCGUCCCCAGUGCGGCCAGUGCUUUCAUGUCAUCACAGUCUGUCGUCUUGGAGACAACGGCAGGAUGACUUACUUCUGCGAGCGCUGUCAGAAGGGAGAUCCCAGCGGGGUUGACAUCAGUAAGCUCCCUGUCAGAAACAGGCUGACUGACUGGGCAUACAAUAAGAGAACCAGUGAUAAUGUGGCUAAGAAGGAGGAAGAGGACUGGGCCUGUCAGCUCUGCACGCUCAUCAACCAGCCAGCUGCAAAAGCCUGUGAUGCCUGUCUCACUCCCAGACCUGAGGUUCACAAAGACAACAUUAGCAGUGAGGCAUCACCCUUCACCACUGAUUUGAUUAAGUACCCUUGCACUGCCUUCAAGAAACCACAAGAGGAGCUCAAAGUCAACUGGAGGUCUGCAUUCGGGACUUCCACCCUUGUUUUCUCUGACUUGAGCAUGAAGCCAAAGCCUGUAAACUCCCCGCUCUCCCCAGCCGGCAGUCAUUUGAAUUCCUUGGCGGCAGAGCGAGGUUUAUAUAAAUACAGCGUCUGCCAAGGGACAACAAGCCCCAAUUAUGCCUCUGGUGGCUGGCAGAAGCAAAGUGCCGAGCUCUCCAACGGGGAAUCACUGGCCUCCUACAGUCACCCAUCCAAGAAAAUGAGAAUUGAUCACAGUCCCUUUCCCAGUAACAAUGCUCAAAAUGGAGCCCCCAACUCCGGUACACACAAAAUAGGAGCGGCAAGCCGCGGCUCCUCCAUUUCUUCCAGUCCCAGCGCCCCUUGUUGUGCAUCCCAUCGUCGUCCAGCUGUCCUCAGAGUGGUCCACAAGGAGGGGGAGAAUAAGGGCCGACAGUUCUAUGCCUGCUCGCUUCCCAGGGAGACCAAGUGCAACUUCUUUGAGUGGGCAGACUUGCACUUCCCUUUUUGUCACCAUGGUAAACGCUGUUUAAUGAGGACUGUUCUGAAACUAGGACCCAACAAUGGCCGGAAUUUCUACACCUGCAGCUUUCAAAAGGGUAAACAGUGUGACUUUUUUCAGUGGGCAGAGAAUGGACCAGGGCUAUCCAUUCUCCCUGGCUGUUAAUGUUUUUAUAGCAACACAUCUAAAUGAAACACUGAUGCUUAU